AUGAACGCCAACGAGAUGCUCGCCCAAAUAGCUGGGAUUUCUGUGCAAACAGAGGUUACUAAGCAAACGGAAGUGUACGACGACCAUGCUCAUUACGAAGAAGAAAUAAGCUACGAUGACCUGGACCCGGAACCGUAUGAAACUAUCGCUCGAGAGGCUACUCCACCGGACAAUUCUAGACGCAGGCCGGGAAGAGUGGCUCAGAGAGAGCUGGAAGGUCUUCAGUUCCAAAACCCGGGUGGCAAAAUCGCGAAACCAGACACAUCGGAUAUCUAUAACACAAACCGUGCUCGCAGAAACCAUGUCAAUCUGUCAAAACAACAACAAAUGCAAGAAGUCAAAGAGAAGGCCCUUCACCAUGACGCUAACGGAAAACUAUCAAGCACAGUGAGAGGAGAGACUUCUGUUAUUGAUCUCUGCGAUUGCUUAGACGCCAAGUGUGAUGGAUGCCAAUGGCCAUGCAAAACAUGCAGUUCUCGUAAAUGCCUUAUCGGAUGCCGCACCAAUCGUAGAGAGAUGGCUGCCAAAUGUGAGGAGAUGUUCACAGUGGAAGGAGCUUCGAGCCACGUCGUCGCGGUCAACGCCUACUUCCCGAUUCAAAUCAAGGACUGA